AUGGAGGCCCCCCAGCCCUGCAGCAGCAGGGUGCAUAGAGAGCACCCAGCAGCCCCCCUCCCCACCCUGGGCACCCCCUGAUCCCCCCCCCACUCCACCCCCUGCCCCAUUGCCUCCCCACAGCCUUGGGGCUCAAAGGAAGGUGGGCGGCGGGCGCUGAGUGUCGUCUGCGUGCUGGGCUGUGAGCCAGCCACAUGCCCCGCGCUGCGCAGCCUGCGCGACGCCUGCCGCGGCCUGCAGGCACGCCUGCACACCCUGCCCUUCGGCACCCUGGCACUGGGCGACACUACCACUCUUGACCACUUCUACAACGCAGACGUGGCCGUGGUGGAGCUGAGUGACUCCAUCUGCCAGCCCUCCCUCUUCUACCACCUGGGCAUCCGCGAGAGCUUCAACAUGUCCCACAACAUCCUGCUGUGCUGCCAGGCCGACCUGCCCCCCCUCCAGGCCCUGCAGGAGGACAUCUGCCAGAAGAACUCGGACCUCUGCAGCAGCUACACCUUCAUCCCCUAUGCGGUGACACCCCAGAACAAGGUCGUCUGCUGUGACACCGGGGACAUGAAGUGCCUGACGGAGCUUUUCCAGCCCAGCUUCGAGACAGAGACCUUCUUCACCCCGCUGGCAGCCCGGCUCGUCCAACUGCUGGAGGGGAUCCCCACCGACUCCUGCGGGUAUUUUCGGGAGAUGAUCCGGCAGGAUAUCCGGAGGGCACGGGAGAUGUACCGAGGGGAGCAGCUGAGCCAGGAGCUGGCCCGCAUCCAGCAGCGCCUGGACAGUGUGGAGCUGCUCAGCCUGGACAUCGUGGUGAACCUCCUCCUCUCCUACCGCGACGUGCAGGAUUACGAUGCCAUCAUCUCACUGGUGGAGACCCUCCAGGCGCUGCCGACCUGCACCGUGGCUGAGCAGCACAAUGUCCGCUUCCACUACGCCUUCGCCCUCAGCCAACGUAAUCGUGCCGGGGACCGGGAGAAGGCCCUGUCGGUGCUGCUGCCCGUGGUGGAGCGCGGGGAGGGGGCUGCGCCCGACCUCCUCUGCUUGUGCGGCCGCAUCUACAAGGACAUAUUCAUCAGCUCUGGCCUCACCAACACUGAGAUGAGGGACCGGGCUUUCUACUGGUACAGCAAAGCCUUCGAGGUGGAGCCAAGCCUCCACGCAGGCAUCAAUGCCGCCGUCCUCCUCGUGGCCGCUGGGCAUCAGUUUGAAACCUCCGUGCAGCUGCAGCAAAUCGGGGUGAAGCUGAGCUGCCUGCAGGGUCGCAAGGGCAGCCCGGGGGAGCUGCACUACUACUGGGAUGUGGGAUUUUGCCUCGGAGCCGGCAUCUUGGCCAACGACCUCGGCAAAGUCAUCCAAGCCUCUGAGAAGCUCUACAAGCUUAAUGCACCGGGCUGGUACCUGAUCUCGGUCAUGGACACCUUCCUGCUCUACAAACACUUCCAGAGGAGCCCGCAGGUCCCCUCUGCCCGGCAGGAGCUGGCUGAUUUUUGGCUGGGCUUCCUCCUCAAGGCAUGCCAGCCUUUCGUCGCCACGCCGUGCUGCCCGGUCCUGGUCCUGGAGCUCAGCAAGGUCCUGCGGCCAGCCCAGCUGGCACUGCAUGGUGGCAUGGAGGAGCCUACACUGACGCUUGCCCUUGUCUGCCCCGCGGAGGAGAAGGCGGCAUCGAGCUGGACCUUUGCAGCCACAGCCAUCCGGGGCGUCAGCAUCUGCAAGUGUGACGAACGGGGCUGCUUCCUCUAUGUGAUGCACAUGGAGGAGGAUUUCCAGCUCUACUUCCCCUCUCAGCAGCACUGCCACAGGUUCUGCGACUGGAUCCAAUGGGGACACAGGGUGGCAUGGGGUGACACGGGGCACUGCGUGGCACAGGCUGCCAACCCACAUCUCUGCCUGCAGUACAGCUACGAGUACUCGGAGGCGGGCGAGCGGGUGGUCCUGGGCAGGGGGACGUACGGGAUCGUCUAUGCUGGGCGCUGCCUCAGCAACCAAGUGCGCAUUGCUAUCAAGGAGAUCCCGGAGCGGGACAGCCGGUACUCACAGCCCUUGCACGAGGAGAUCGCCUUGCACAAGCACCUGCGGCACAGGAACAUCGUGCAGUACCUGGGCUCCGUCAGCCAGGAUGGCUUCAUCAAGAUCUUCAUGGAGGAGGUGCCGGGAGGGAGCCUCUCGUCCCUGCUGCGCUCCAAGUGGGGACCCCUGAAGGACAACGAGCCCACCAUCGUCUUCUACACCCGCCAGAUCCUCGACGGGCUCAGCUAUCUCCACGAUAACCACAUCGUGCACCGCGACAUCAAGGGAGACAACAUCCUCAUCAACACGUACAGCGGGGUACUGAAGAUCUCCGACUUUGGUACCUCCAAGCGGCUGGCAGGCAUCAGCCCCAGCGCCGAGACCUUCACAGGCACCCUGCAGUACAUGGCCCCAGAAAUCAUUGACCAGGGGCCGUGGGGCUAUGGGAAGCCAGCGGAUAUCUGGUCCUUGGGCUGCACCAUCAUUGAGAUGGCCACGGGCAAGCCCCCCUUCUACGAGCUGGGCAGCCCCCAGGCUGCAAUGUUCAAGGUGGGCAUGUUCAAGAUGCACCCGGAGGUGCCCGAGUCCAUGUCGGACGAAGCCAAGAUGUUCAUCCUGCGCUGCUUCCAGGCCAAUCCGGCUGAGCGGGCGACGGCUGCAGCACUGCUGCAGGAGCCCUUCCUUGCUGGCAUCAGGAGGGCCCGCAGCCGGCCCAUGCCCCUGGUGAGGGGUGAUCCCCCUGACUCUGAGCAGCAGGAUGGGGAUGUGGAGGGCACUGAUGGGACCAGGGGAUGUUCCUCAGCCAGGCAGGACGCCCCAGGGAGGGGCACAGGGGGCAGCCCCCUGCUCCCCUGCCACCCUGGCGAGGCAGCCUCCAGCCGCAGCUACUUGGGCACCACCCAGGACUCGGCCGGCUCCAACCACAGCCUGCGCUCGUCCUCCCCUGAGGAGAUCGGGGACGGGUUCCUCCUGCGGAAGGACAGCAAGCGCCGGGCCACGCUGUACCGCAUCCUCACCGUCGAGGCGCCGGGCAUCAUCGCUGCCUUGGAGGAGAGCCAGAGCACAGUGGGUGCGAGGUUGGGCUCGGAGGAUCUUGCCCAGCUGCUGAGCUGCCUGCGGAGCUACAUCCAGUGCCCCUGCCAGCACCAGCUGCGCCAGGACCUCCUGGCACUGCACACCCGGCUGUGGGCGGAGGGGCUGAGCCUCCCCCACCUCCAGGCUCCCCUCUUCAGCUUCCAGGCAGCAGUGAGAUGGGUGCUGCGCAGGCAUCACAUCAAACCCCACUGGAUGUUUGCACUGGACGAUGCCGUGAGCCAGGCAGUGCAGGCGGCUUUCACCGUGCUGCUGAGAGACCUGGGACCGAAGGCUGGCUGCCUGGGGCAGGAUGGCACCAAGGACACGAGUGACGAGGACGACCCCAUGCCACCGAGGCUGUCCAUCCCCAGGAGCCAGCCCCAGCGGGACAGCAUCAGUUCGGGGCUCAACACCAAUUCAGGGCUCAGCACUGGCCCCAGCACCCGGGCGGACCCCCUGCCCUCUCUGCAGGCACCCUCGGUGCUGGUGACACAGCUCUGCCACCUCCGCAUGGAGACAGGCAGGCUGCUCCAGGAGCUGGCCAAGAAGGAGCAGGAGUGGCAGUGGCUGAUGCAGCGGGUGCUUCGCUCCGGGGAUGAUGACACUGCAGUCCCCAGCCGGCCCCAGCACAGUGUGGGGCACGGGGAGGACCCCCCGGGGUGCUUCACCCUGGGGCAGGAUCAGUCACCCCUGAGCCCCCAGCCCCACCAGGGACAGGCUGACCCCCUCCUCCUUGAGUGGCUGCAGCAGCACGGCACGGACCCGGCCACCAUAGCCACGCUCCUCUCCCACGGCUUCACCCUGCGGGACCUGCUGGACUGUGCCACCCGUGACGACCUCUUCUACGUGGGCAUCAGGCGUGGGCCAGCGUACCGCCUCUGGGCAGCCAUCCUGGAGCAUCGCCGGACCCUCACCCAGUGGGAAGGGGAGUGA